AUGGCGUCCAAUUUAUCAAGUCGUCUUCUUUUAAAAGAUAUCCAACCAAUAGAAUCAUUCACGGGUACAGAUGGACAAGAUCCAUUAACAUGGCUACAAACCAUCGAUGAAUUAUUUGAAGCAACCAAAACUGAAAAGAACGAUCGUUGUCGAUUAUUACCAAUGUAUUUUGCAUUAUGUACACGACUUAAUCCAGACAUGCAAGAAGAUGAAAAGAUCUUAUACCUUUUACGUGGCUUAAAACCAUCUCUACAACAACACGUCAUAAUGAAUGAACCAAAAAAAAGUAAAGACUUAUUCGAACAUGCAAAACGAGCAGAAGCAGCAGCAGCUCUGAUUACACAACCAUCGCCGACACUAACGUCUUCGGUAACAAAUGAACAAAUGAAUGAAACAACAGCGGCGCUUCAUCGAACUCGAAUCAGCCAGAACAGUUCACAAAAUGAUCGUCGCAUUUGGAACAAUCAAUCGGAUUCUAAUCGUCGCUGGCCACAACAAAACUAUAAUAAUAAUAAUAAUAAUAAUAACCGAUUUCGCCAAUUUCCACCACGAAAAUCAUCUCAAUUUAAAUGCUACAAUUGUAGCGGCAUUGGACAUUAUGCAUAUCAAUGCCCAAGUCAUUUAAACUAA